CCACUAUGUACUUUUUUUUUUUUUUUUUUUUUUUUACAUCCCUGCUUACGUUUGGCUGGCAUAGCACAAGUUCCGCAUUCCCAAAUCCUCCCAGAUUGGGAUCACGUUUUAAAUCGGGCUGAUGCAACGAUUUCCACUUUUUAAAAUCUACUCUCGACCCUCGGCUGACCACAAGAAAGGACAGUUUUGGCACCUGGGAUCAAAGUCAGCUGUGGUCACGACCAAGUCUGACACGAUGCCAGGACAAAUCCCAGAUCCCUCGGUGACGGCAGGCUCCCUGCCCAGCCUUGGCCCACUGGCUGGGAUCUCAGCCACCACGCUGACUGACAAGCUCAAAUUCAGUGACUUCCAGGAGUUCAGUACGAUGUUGUCACCGCUGCACUUCCUGGACAGUCUGGGGAAGAGGCCCCUAGUCAUCAAGACAGAGAGAGAUGAAGAGGAUGACAGGAGGAAACGAAGGCGAGAGAAAAACAAAGUGGCUGCAGCUCGAUGUCGAAACAAAAAGAAAGAACGGACCGAUUAUUUACAGAAGGAAUCAGAGAGACUAGAGAUGUUAAACUCUGACCUUAAAGCCCAGAUCGAGGAGCUGAAGAUGGAACGACAGCAGCUGAUCCUCAUGUUGAACCGCCAUCGCCCCACUUGUAUUGUCAGCACUGAUAGCGUCAAAACCCCGGAGAGUGAGGUGAACCCACUGCUGCAGCAGCUGGAGGCCAAGUAAAGUUCACAGCAGCGAAGAAGAAUCCAACAAACAGCACUUAGCUUUGGCCUUUGGUCACGGAGGAGAAACCAGCCAAAUCCUCCAACCUUAAGUCAAAGAGCAUUAUACCAAAAAAAAAAUGUAGAUCCAAUAAGAUCGGACAUUACUCUUUUUGUUCCUCUCUUGCUUUCCCCUUUAUUUCUAACUUUGAUCAUCAGAGCUCAAGCAUCAAUCAGUAUGAAGGUGAACCUGAAAGCACAACAACUCCUUAUGAUGACCUUACAUUUCAAACAUUCACUGUAUUGUGUUACAUAGGUUCUUUACUUGUGUCUUUGCUUAGCUUUAGCCAUUAGCUGGCAUGGUAUCAUUUCAAAAUAUUUACAUCACACUUAAAUGAAGUUUGUUUGCAGUAAAAUCUCCCCAGUCAAAAGCACAGAAGGGUAAUGUCAGCUCACUUCUGUGAAUUAUUUGCAGAUUUACAAAAAAAAAAACAAAUCAAACCAGCUAUAGCCAGUUUGAUUUGAUCAAAUAGCAGUAAAGAUUACGCUGCCAUGGUUACUGUAUCUGUAUAGCAUAAUGUAUUGAUUCUUUAGACAAUAAUACUUUAUAUGCUAAUAUCUUAAAGAUAACACAAAGAAAGAUUCAGUUCAAUCAGUUACAUUUGUAUCAACUCACAACAACAACAUUAAUGUGAUCAAUUAGUGAACCCAUCAAGGCAUUUAAAGAGAUGAUUUAUUCUUUUUAAUAUAAGGAAAAGAAAAUGUAAAGUCCUUAUGAUCUGCCAAUGUAUCGGUUGGCAUUUCUUACAGAUAAGAAUACAGAUCAAUGUUUUUACUUUACAUGGAUGAUAUUAAAUUGUCAAUCAUAGGAUUGAUUCAUAGCAAGAUAUGUGUGCCUUAAUGAAAGGAUAAGUGUUCAGUGAAGACUCCCCUUGAUCCAGUUAUGCCCAUAUAUCCUACGGAUAAGUUACAGAACCUACCCUAUGGCCGUUAUAGAUCUGUAUUGUUGUGUUGUUACACCUCAGUUUACAUCUACCUGUUUCUACAGCAGAGCAAAACUGUUUCCUGUGUGAGAUAGUUGGUGACAACUUAAUAGUGAAGUAAUUAUGAAUGGGAUCAGGCUACAAAUCAUCAUCUUAGUUUAAUGAGGACUUGCUAACAUUUCUUGGAUUGUCUUGAUACAAUACUUUCUGGGUCUCAUAGGAAUUAUACCUGAAGUACAACUCAAAGAGGGCAGUUUGGGGUAACUGGACUAAAUAGAUACAUUUAGGAGAACUUCAAAAAUAUCUUCUAGUAUAUUAUCUAUCACAUACAUAUUUUUUUUCAAAUUUUCAAAAAAAAUAGUAAAGUCUAUAUAUUUCUAAAGGAAGUUCUUACACCCACAGGUAAAACAUUCAUAUUUCUUUUUUUCACACCUCUGGUGGCAGAGCAGUUGAUCUUUUUUUCUUUGUUAUGUUUUGGCGCAGGCGUCAUGUAUGCACAUAUAUAUGAACUGUUUACAUUGUACUUUAUUUUCUGUUACCAUAUUGUUACUGCCAGUUAUGUUUUUUUUUAUACUUUUGUAUAUGAUGUUAUAUAAGCAUAUAAGCUAUUAAAAAAAAAAAAACAUUUUGUAUUUCCAUUCAAAAAUAAAUGUUUAGUUUCUUUUUA